AUGAAGGUUUUGUUUGUUCGUAUCAGUACAUUAGUAAGUUUGUCGUACACUUAUUUGUGUUUAGCGUCAUAUCAACUUGGUUCUGGGAACAAGCCUUGUAGAAUGGAAUGCAAAUUAGUUGAAGACUUUCAACAUAAUACGUCUUUGCCACUGCCAACUGUACGUCAAAACUAUAGUUUGUAUUUACCGUUGUCUACUCGACCUGAUUCGACACCGAUGACAAGUUCUCUAAUCAGUGAUCCAACAUCUGCGGUAACUGAUUCUAAACAGGACACUCCACAAAUUUCACACAACAGACGUGAAACACCGGAAGGAUUUACCAUGCCACACAAUCCAGAAAUUAGCCCAAAUCAACUAAAUUUGACAAGUGAAUCAGAGACUUCAUUUUUGUCACUGGUUCCUAAUAAGUUAUUCGAUUUAACAACCCCAACAACCUCUCACUAUAUGCCAGCAGUAAAUAGCAGUGUAAGAAACGCGAAAUCCUCUAUCGACUUUUUAGAGGAUAUGAAUAAUGAAAUUUUAAUGUUAAAUCAAUCAAAAUGCCACACUCCAAUGAAAAUUAUUUCUUCUAGUCAAACUGUGGGAUCUUUUGACAGAAAUCAACAAGGAGAUAAUUACGCUCAAUUAGAUGUAAUUUCCGAUAACCAUGAUGUUUUAAAAUGGGAUUAUGCUGGAGAUAUAGCUUCGAAUCAUUUAGGUGUUCCAAGAAUUAUUUCACACUCUAGUCUAUCUUGUCAUCCUGUUAAUUAUGUUGAUUAUGGGAACUAUGAUGUCAAUAUGACAAUGACAUGGCCUUCUUCUAGCCCACAUAUUUCUCCAUCUUCUGGAUAUGGUUAUGCGGUUCGUAGAAAAUAUAACUUCAAUACAAGAAAUAAUUCUAACAGAAAUUGGAAUGAAUCAUCAAAGAUAAAAGGGUUUAAUGAAUUCUCUUCAAUGACAAUCAAUCAUGGUUCAUUUAUAUCUAGUCCAGAUCCUGAAGAUGAAAUACAUAAUUUAUCAUUAAAUAAUUCAAUGAAUCAAAUUAAUCAUUUUAUUGAUCAUUAUCAAUCAUCAUUAAAUGAUUUCAAUAUUGAUUUAUUUGAUCAAGAUCAUAUCAAAUCGAAUAUGAAUACAAAUAGUAGUGAAUUUAGUUUAAAUGAUGAAAAUGAUAAUGAGAAUAUAGAAAAAUUCAAUUUUAAUAAAAGUCAAUCAGUCAUUGAAUUACAUCAUCAUAUUGAUAUGAUUAAAACAAGAACUGGAAAGUAUUUCAAUCAUAAUAAUAAUAAUAAUAAUAAUAAUAAUAAUAAUAAUAAUAAUAAUAAUCUAUUACAUAAUAUAGAUCAGAAUAGAAAUGGAUCAAAUACAAUGAUAUCGAUGAAUAAUGAUUGGUUUAUCAAUGAAUUCUCUAAAUCAUAUAAUCAAUCAAUAAAAACAUUGAAAUCAAUCAAUAUCAAUAAUCAAUUGAUUACCAAUGAUAUAAUGAAUAAUAAUAAUAAUAAUAAUAAUAAUAAUAUAAAGGAUGAUCAUAAUGAGCAGGAAACUUUGGCGAAUUCUUCAGUGCAUAGUAACUGUAGACUUGUGAAGGAAUUAGAUGAAAAUAAUAAUAAUAAUGACGACGAAUUACAGUCACCUUUAGAGGAUAAUCAACAUGAUUUAUCUUCAUUACAAGCUACAUCUGCAUUGGAUACUAUAGAAACGGAUUCUUAUUUACACACAAAUAAUAAUAUACCUAAACAGGAAAUUUCCACAGUUCAACCGUCAACAUGUUCAAAAGACUUGUCUCAAUCACCUUUGAAUAAUUUUAAUGAACCAGAAGAAAUAUUCUAUAUUGUAGAUGGUGUACUUUCAUCAGCACAAGCACUAAAUCAUGAAUUAAGUUUAUUAUCCUCACGUCUAUUAAAUUCUAAUCAAGUGGAAACCUUGACGACUAAUUACAAUAUGACGACUAAUACUACUAGAACUUCAAGAAAAGAAGAUGCUGCUGCUGCUUCUGACGAUGAAGAUGAUGAAAAGAUACAACAGAUAAUCAAACUAUUUCGUAAUCAUUUUAUGGUUCAUAUUAAUGAAUUUGAAAAUAAAGUAACAAGUAUUACGGAACGUUUAAAUUUAGAAGUAAAUCAAAUGCAAACAUUUAAGAUUUAUGCAAAUUCUCUUAUAGAGAAGAUAAAUGCUACAGAAUCUAAACAAAAAUCCCUUCUAUUAACUGAUCAUAAUAAUCAAAGAAUUUUAAAGCACUUAGAUAUAAGUAAUGCUAUAAGAAAUAAAAUGCAACAAUUUAUAGAAGAUUCACGUAAGAAAAAACGAGCACUGUGCUUACGAAUAGUAUUAUUGAAACGAAAACUCAACUUCUUUGAAUAUGAAGUAGAGAAAUUACGUAAAGAGAAUAAUAAUUUAAAAGAAAAUGUAUCAAUUGCCGAAUAUGAACGAGUAUGUAUGGCAUAUAAAGAUUUAUAUAGACGUCAUCAAGAAUAUGAACGAAUUAUUCUUAAUUCAGAUAAUCAAAAAUUUAUUAUUAAAAAUAAUGAUUUUCAAUAGAAAUGACAAUAUUGUUGAUUUCACAAUAUCUCAGCUUUCCAGAUUUCAUUUCAAUGCAACAUGAUCUUGAAAGUAUAUAACUAAACUGAGGUUUUAUAUAUCAAUUUCAUUAAUACACUUAAUGAUAAAUAUAAACUAGAUGGAUACAACCCAAUUAGACUUACCUAUCUAUAAUUCAUUGAAACAAGAAUAACAAUUGAGAUCCAAUGUGAAAUUCCUUUUCUCAUAUUCUUUAAUUAUUACUUGAUAAUAAACAAAAUUUAACAUAAAA